CUUGUGGGACUCUUGUCACCGGAUCGUUCACCAACGAACAUUCUAAAUUGCAAUAAGCAAAGUAAAUGCCGGCAGCCCCUUAAACUUUGUGCACGAAGACCCGAGUGAAGACUCAGGACGCGUUCAUCCCAUCCCAUCGGUGGUUUUCAGAAAAGGAAGUUAAAGGCAGGGCUGCGUGUCACAUGUUUGGCUAAUAUCAAGGUUCUGAAAUCGCAUACAUAGGGCCUCUAAAACUGUAUUUUUGACCCAAGCAUUUUCCUGAAAUUUUCCUGCCCACAAUCUGAGUGGAGAUGGCUGAAUCAGAAGCUCAGGCAGGAAACUAUGAUAACAUGGUAAAGAUGGUGGAGGACCUGAGCAAGGACUUAGAAAAACUUCUGGAGGAAAUAGAAAAACUAACAGUGCAGGCAACCUGGAUGGCAUAUGACAUGGUCGUCAUGCGUACCAACCCACACCUGAGCAACUCCAUGAGGCGUUUGGAAGAUGCCUUCCUGAGUUGCAAAGAAGAGAUGGAGAAGAAAUGGCAAGAGGUGCUAAGUGAAUAUAAAGUCUUUUUGUUUUCCAGCCACAGAAGUUUCACAGAUACUGUGGAAGAUGGAUUUGCUUUCAUCAUACUAAGAACUACUUAUUUAUACAUCUGUGGAAGUAUUUUAAUGAGAUUACACAUAACCUAUAUAUUUAUGUUGAAGGUAAAAGGUCACAAUGUGUCUAUUUUUAUUAUGCUCAUGAGCAAUCUUUAUAGUGUGUGUGCAUACACAAAUUACAUGCUUUCUGUGUCUUUCUUCUUGGAAGAUUAUACUCACUUCAUCACCAAUAUAUGUCCAGUUCUUUAACACCUGAACAAAUUGGGGGCAGAGGAGUGGGUGGGGGUACAGUGGACCAUCACAGUGGUAUUGCACCAGCACAUGCCUUUCAAGGAAAACAAAAAAAAGAUUUUUUUUUUCCAAAUAAAAAACAGGUGAAAUUCUAGAUUUGCAGAUAGGUUGGGUUAAUUUGAUGUGAGAUUGCCAAUAGAUGUUCAGUUACAGAAUUUUAUUAUUCAGAUAGGUUAUGUAUAGUUGUUUCAUUUUCUUUGGAUUUUUUAACCAUUUAUUUGGACCAGUUUUCCCAGAAAAAAUAUUAUUUUCAAGCCCUCUGAAGAUAGCAUGUCUCAAGAAAAAAAAAGUUUACAAUUACAGACUGCACUGUAUGUGGUGCAGUCUGUGGGAUUACUGCAAAAACCAAAUUAACCAUGUUAUGAAACAUACUUUUCUCCAUAUGUUGCUAUUGUGCAAUAUUAAAAAAGGAAUAAUUACUUUCCUUUUGUAAUCAAGUGUGGAAAAGAACACCACCUUGUGGCUUGCAGGUAAUGCAUAAAUUACUGUUUUAUCUGAGAUGGAAGUCAGUGCAAAUUUUAAGGAGAAAGAACUUCCUUUUCUUUAAAAUCAGUCUUUUUAAACUAUUUUGUGUGACUUUUUGGCCAAAAAGUGCCAAGUAUAGAUGGACUGUAAAUUUUCCAGAAAUCUCAUUUUUCAUUUAGACACUUAAACCAAGUGGCCAGAGUUAAAAAAAUAAUAAUAAUCCAGGAAUCCCAUCAAGAAUAGAGAAUAACACUCAAAACAAACACUUCUAAAAAAUAUGUCUUUUAAUGAAAUGUGACAUUCAGUUAAAUUGUAUGUUUUAUGUGGAGCUGAAUCCUAUUUCCUGUAAUUGAAAGAUUACACUAUGAGAGUCUGUCAGAAUAAUGUCUUUCUCCAGAGUGAAGGGCCACGAUCGGAGAGUGUAGCUGUAAGGAAAGGAGGCAUCCAGUAACUUUUUUUUUUUUUUUCCCCAUCCUCAAAUCUCAUCACUUUACCUCUCCAAAUUUUGGAUUUUUUUUUUUUUUUUUUUUUUUUUUU